CGCGCCGUGUUGUUUCUGUCCGCCUCUCCCCCAGGCGAUCUAAUAAAGCUUCCAUCCUAUGCGCAGUGCGCUUUGCUUGUUUUGGUAUCGCUGUGUGCCAGGUCUGUGUUCGGGGGGUGUAGGAAAAGUGCUGAGCGGGAAUGGCAGGGGAUCGCCGGAAUACCUCUUCUGGGGGAUCCGGCUCCUUCCAACGUGAGCUAGGCCGCUGCUUCGCUUAUUACAACAAACACCUAACGAGACUGCACCAGAACCUGAGGGACACCAAGAGAUUCUUCCGGGAUAUCAAACAUACUUACAGUGGCCCUGAGUCUGACAUCAGAGCUGGAGAUCUCGGCCAGCUGCAAAGCAUCACUUUUCAGAGACAAGAGGAAGAUUACUUGAAACUCACUGUACGCUGCAGGCCCUGUAUCUUUGUUCUGGGACAUAACUGCAGUGCCCGAGGCAAGGUGGUUAAUGCGCUUUUGGGCGAUCCUCUUCUGCCAGUUGGAACAUGUUGUGACCCAGAGACCUGUAAGCGAAGGCGCAUUCGUUUUAGACAUGGGAAACAGACUUUGGUGAGUUUGGCACUGCCUGAGCAAUAUGAACUAGUUCAUCAGCUGGUAGCUCAUCAAGGUAAAUGGGACACCAUUCCUGAAGAGGAUUUGGAUAUACCAGAGGAUGAAGAAGACCCUGCACACAGAUUGGCUGAGCUUGAAGUAACCUUGCCUUACCACUUGCUGCAGGAUGUCGACAUCGUGGUUUGUCCAUGCCGGGGCUCCCAGCCUUCAGCUUCUACUCUGGAAGAUUACAUUGACCAUGUUCAGUCUGUCAUUGUGUAUGCAAUCAGUGAGGACCGUUUAAAUUCUCAAGAUGAAGAGGAGCUUAAUGAUAUUAAGACAAAAUAUAAACUACCUGUGUUUUUUAUUCGAACAAGCCCCAAGGACAAACGGAUUUGUGGUCCAGAAGGUGGUCAUUCUGCACUGCAUGAGCAGCUGACAGAACUUGGGUAUUUGAAGAAAGGUAUGUGUAGCUGUGGAGCCGCUGGGUCGGGCAGCCCAGCGCCAAGUGUUUUAGUUGAACAGUUUGAAAAGCUACGGCAACUAGGUAACUUCUCCCGGCAAGUUAUGCAGAUGCACCUGGUUGAUGCAGCAAUGGUUCUUAACAUGGUGCACAGUCGUUGUCUGGACAUAUUUAUUAAUAAGGCUUUUGAUAUGAGGAGAGACCUUCAGAUUACACCGAAGAGACUAGAGUACACACGCCAAAAGGAAAGUGAACUGUAUGAGUCUCUUAUGCGCAUUUCGGAUCGUAAGCAAGAGGAACUAAAAGAAAUGAUAGUCGAAACACUAAACAGUAUGAGAGAGCAACUUCUUGAGGAUGCUGCCAGCAUGGAGUUUAAAGAUAUUUCUAUCCCACAGAAUGGAGAACCUAUUGGAGCACAAGAAGUAAAGAGCUGCAUUUAUCAGAUCAAAGAGCUGAUAAUUUCACGUCUUAACCAAGCUGUUGUUAACAAACUUAUUAGCUCAGUGGACUAUCUAAGGGAGAGCUUUGUUGGCACAUUAGAAAGGUGUCUUCGUAGCCUAGAAAAAUCCCAGCAGGAGUCCUCUGUGCAUGUCACAAGCAACCAUUUAAAGCAGAUAUUGAAUGCUGCAUACCAUGUGGAGGUCACAUUUAAUUCUGGAUCCACUGUCACCAGAAUGGUGUGGGAACAGAUUGUACAGAUAAUACAGCGCAUUACAUGGGUUAGUCCCCCUUCUAUCACAUCGGAGUGGAAGCGGAAAGUGGCUCAGGAUGCAAUUGAGGGGCUGAGUGCAUCCAAGCUUGCUAAGAGUAUUUGCAGUCAGUUUUGUAAGCGUCUGAAAAGCUCUCAUGAAGCAUUUGCUGCUUCUCUCAAACAGCUAGAAGUUGGGCACUCUGGCAGAUUGGAGAAAACCGAAGAUCUUUGGCUAAAGGUUCGUAAAGAACAUGCACCACGUCUGGCCCGUCUGUCACUGGAGAGCAGAUCUCUGCGGGAUGUUUUAUUGCAUGGCAAACCAAAGCUAGGACGUGAGCUAGGAAGGGGCCAGUAUGGUGUCGUCUAUCUGUGUGACAGCUGGGGUGGGCACUUUCCCUGUGCUUUGAAGUCUGUUGUACCUCCAGAUGAAAAACACUGGAAUGAUCUUGCUCUAGAAUUUCACUACAUGAGGUCACUGCCUAAACAUGAGCGAUUGGUCGAUUUGCAUGGCUCCGUAAUUGAUUAUAAUUAUGGUGGAGGCUCCAGCAUUGCAGUUCUGCUAAUCACAGAACGUCUUCAUAGAGAUCUUUACACAGGACUAAAGGCUGGCCUAUCUUUGGAAGUUCGGUUACAAAUUGGUUUAGAUGUAGUGGAAGGCAUUCGUUUUCUGCAUAAUCAAGGCCUGGUCCACAGAGACAUCAAGUUGAAGAAUGUUCUGCUCGACAAAAAAAACAGGGCAAAAAUCACAGAUCUGGGUUUCUGCAAGCCAGAGGCUAUGAUGUCUGGCAGCAUUGUGGGAACUCCUAUACACAUGGCACCGGAACUCUUUUCAGGCAAAUAUGACAAUUCAGUUGAUGUCUAUGCUUUUGGGAUUCUGUUUUGGUAUAUAUGCUCGGGAUCAAUAAAACUUCCAGAGGCCUUUGAAAGAUGCUCAAGUAAAGACCAUCUAUGGAACAAUGUUAGAAAAGGUGUGCGUCCAGAGAGGUUGGCUAUCUUUGAUGAGGAGUCCUGGAAGCUGAUGGAAGCAUGCUGGAAUGGGGAUCCCUCUCAACGCCCUCUCUUGGGAAUUGUGCAGCCAAUGUUGCAAGGCAUAACGGACCGGCUUUGUCACAAUCAAGAGUCUAACAAAACAUUGGAAGAUUCCACAUGAUGGCAUCCACCUUGCAUAUAGGUUUGCAGUGAAUCAGACUGUUGGCCCUACUGUAUGGUGAGGUGGAACUUUGUACAGCCCAGGCCUUGCGCAUGUUUAAAAUGCACAGUUCUAGCUAGCUGUAUUUGCCAUACUGGUUUGAGCACCAAAGUGGCAAUUUGUUCUUCCCACCAACUUUUGUAGGUAGUUUGGCUGUAAAAAAAAAAAUUCCAGUGUUGUAGAAAGUGACUUUAUAUGUUUACAGUGUGUGUUCUGCUCAGGAGUAUGAUCACCUAGUCCUUGAACUUUAUUGUAAUUGUGAUUACAGCAUAACGCCUGUAUUUUUAUUGGUUGUUCUCCAGAUUCCUAAACUCCAUGCCGUACCAGGAUUUAUGCAGAUACAUUGAAUAAUUUUGGUCAAACCUACUCUUCCCUACUUUAAGGAAACCAUCAGAACCAGUUGCAAAAUUAUGCAGCCUUAAAUUAUGUUUUGUGAAUUCAUGCAUUCAUGUUUUAGUCGUUUUUAUAUGGGUUUUAGACACUUUGUGAAAGAACCCUUUUUAAUUGACUUGAAUAUGAGGAUGCAUGUCUGUAAGCCAUGUUGUGUCUGUCUUUCAAGCAUAAUUGGCGCAAAGCAUCUAUUGUAAACAAAGUGUGUUUUAUUUUCCUGCAGUUACAAUGCAGUAAAAAGUACUGUGGACUAAACAUGCAUAUAAAGUGGAUAUAUUGAAAAUCACCCUUUUUAGUCAGCUACAGGUUUGGGUAAAAAAAAAGUACUGCUAGUUUUUUUUUCUUUUUUUUUUUACAUGACCCAAGUUUGAUUCCCAGAGAGGGGAAGAUUAUGCACUGCAAAGCCAGUCAGGCUCUUUAGAAUUGCACAACACUUUAACAUCAUGUAAUGUACUUUCUUAGUCCUUUGAGCAAAUCUGUUACACAGGACAGUGACCUGUGUCUCUCUCCAGUUUGGCAGGAGUGUACCUGGUAAAACAGCUCAGAUAUGUUUAUUUUAACUUUGUAGGUAUUGCUUUGUCUGGUGUUCUGUCAAGUCCUUCACAAUUUUUCCUCAAAUGUUUUAUUAGUCUCCCAUGCCUGCUUGCUCCCCUCACCAGGAAACUGUUGCCACUUGUAAUAUGUUGCCAGUCAAAAAGAACUGCUGAAAGAAUAUUUAAAAUGUGUAAAAAUGUUAACACUUCUGUAUCAAAAAUGUUUGUCCCUUUUUUGCUUACUUUAUAUGUUAAAGGUGCUGAAACUUUUAAAUGUAUGUUUUUUAAUGUUAUCUACACAUAUAAUUUGCUUUCAUUUUAAUUAUACAAAUAUUUUUCAAACAGGGACUUUCACUGCUAUAUUAAAAAUAAGUUCCUUGCCUGAAGUUGGGCAGUUUCUAAAACUUUGCUAUACACUGUUGGACUUGGAAGGACAAAUAAAAUCGAUUUCCUCCCUCCAUAAGCUGAAUUGAGGAACCCCCUAACUGCACUGCUUCCCACGUCUCCAUACUAUAUUAAUCAGCCUAGUUUUUCCUAUGCUUCUGGACUGACACAAAUGUUUAAGGGUUUACAGAUUGUUACAGCUGCACUGUAGCAGAAGAUAUGAUGGCAAAAACAAGGUAGCAUUGUGAUGCUAAAAUCAUACUGUAAAGAUGGUGAGCUUGACGGUCUAGAAAGUUAGGUUGGGGGAAGGGAGAUUAGCUGAGACCACAGUGUGGUUUUUGCUUCUUUUUUUUCUUAUUUGUACUGUAAAAUGAAUUUCAACUUUAAAGUAUUUGAGUUUAGGACACUUUUUUGCACAUAAUCUUGCGUAAGAAGCUUGAUCAUAAAUAUAUAUUUUUUAAAGCAUCUGAAAUUUGCUACCGUUUGCUAGUUGUAUGCUCAGGCUUUAAUACUUUGAGUUGCUGACCUGGAAGAAAGCAUACGGUUAACUUCUAACUUUAAUGCAAUAGUCUUGUUUUUUGUGUUAGAAAGUAUUUAAGCUAUAGGUCAAUGUAACAGCCAGCCAUUGUGCUUUUCAGAUGAUCAUUCUCUCAGGAUAGGUGUACAUUAGGACAAUAUAACUAAUUCAGUGUUUAAACACAGGUACACUCCAGUAUUUGGUGUUCAAGACAUCUGCAUUUUUUUUUUUUUUGUUUUUUUACAAAUAGGUUCCUCAAAUAUGUGCCAAGCAGAGCACGAGGCUGAAGUGACAGGACAUAGCACAAUGGAAUUUUAGCAAAUUAUUGGGUAUAUUGUGAUGCCGAAUGACAUGCAAUAUUUUUUUUUUAAAUGAUGCUCCAACUCAAAGUAGUUUUAAUCAUAGUUUAAGUAUGUGCAUAACUUGUUGCACAACUUUACAAGCCUAAGGAGCAUUGUAUUUCUUUAUAACUAUACUGCUUCCAUAUUCUUGUUUGCUGAAUUGUUUGACCAUAUUGUCAGCCAGAAGGUAAUUAAUACAUUGUGAAGAUACAAAUGUUAGAUUUAAUGCAAAACCAUCCCAAAUGCCAUUGGGAGAUUGGUCUUUAUAGUCCUUCUCAAACACUAAAUACAUCUAAAACGAAUAUUGCUUGAAGGUAGACUGCCAGCAGACUUUUUUUUUUUUUUUCCUCUUGUGUACGCUGCCUGCAGCACAUGUAGUGAGUACCCUAGUUAUCUGUAUGUUUAGCAGAGUGCUGGGAUAUUAUUACACCAUGCAUGCGUGGAAGUUCAAUCAUCACUGGCCGCCCAAUGGACAUAUAAGACAUUGGCGUAGAAGAAGAUCCCAUGAAAAAGGAGGCAAAUUAAGUGUAAAGUCAUAAUGUGCAAGUAUGUAGUGCAUAUUUGCACGCUAUGGCAUGUGCUUCUGGAGUCCCAAGGUGGCUUGGUUCUGAUUUAAUAUUCAAGGUCCUCUAUUGGCAUUCAGGCAUAUAUAAUGGUUUUAAAGAAAAUGCACAAAAUAUACUGAAGGAAAUUUUAAAAUUGUGAUAAAUGUUUAACACAACACCAUUUAUUACACAAUACCUAUACAGAUUGUAAAUAGUCCAAGGGGUAGCAGUGCAAUGCAGCGGUUUUUCAUUAGCAGACUAGUGCUUAUUCAGUACUUUAUUGGUUAACGAGCUAUGUAUGCUUAUUAUUCACAGAUUUUUAGGCACGCUUGAAAGUAUUUUCCUCAUGACCUCAUAAAGAAAAUUUAAAAUGUCAGUGUUACAUCUUUGUAUAUUACUUUGUUACAAAUUUCAACAGCCUAGAAUGUCUUCUCCCCCCCUUUUUUUUUUUUUAUUAUUAUUCUGUUCAAGGUAGCCAUGUUUACCUACUUUUAGCUAUCUGCAUAAGUUAGACUUUAUUCUUAAAAAAAAAAAAAAAAAAAAAUGUGCAUUUUCUGUUGUAGGUUUUAUGCGUUUAGAGGUAUAUCUGGUUUUGAGUACCUGUUUACAUCAUUGGACAUUUAAUAAAAAAAUAAAUGUAUUGGGUUUCUAAGAGAGAAAAGGAUUUGAUAAGGAAUAUAGUGUAGAAGUUUGUAAAUUGUCCUGUAGGCUUUGCCAUUAAUUUUUUUAUUUUUCUAGUUUUAUAUGAAUUUCCUCUUGGCAUGUGUUUUAAACCAAAACUUUUUUAUAUAGUUUUGGAUAGAGUGGGGAAGAAUCAAAACUACUGUAGGGUUUCUACUGUUCAAGGCUCUGUUAGGCUUGGUAUGUGUUGGGAACGUGCAACAUUGUGUGCGUUCUGGAUCCACACAAAAACACCACUGCUCUUUAGCAGAGUGCCAACAAUUCCCACUAUAAUAUGAAGUGAUUGGACCUGUGCUGGCGUGUGCAAUUUAGUAAUACCUCAAAAAUCUCGAACCAAUUUAUGUGCAAGCUUUAAUUAUUUUUACCAAAAGGGAAAAAGGGUGAACCCCCACUGUCCAGUCAAAUUUACUAAAGUGUGACCAACUCCUCAGACCAUCUUUAUGAAAUAAUUCUAGAGUAACAAAGAGGGCCUGAACGCUGGUCAUAGUUUAGUCCAUUAGUUUAUAAUGGCACCCCCAUCCAUCGGUAAACCACAUGUGUCUUUGUGCACGUCAAACUGCAUGGUAUCGCAGCACCAUGUGGUUUGGUGCAGCUUGACAAAAAAAAUAGGGGUCAGAGACCUCUUUCCCUGCAUUUCUCAUGUUUAACACAAGAGUGAGGAAGAACAAGAAUCCCAAUGUUUAUACUGCUAGGUUUACUCUUCUCAUUGCUUUUCUGUACUAAAUAGAAAAGCAUUGAAGUGAGAGUAAACCUAGCAGCACAAACAUUGGGAUUCUCACCCUUACCCAUUUUAUCCUGGUGUCCCAGAAAUUAGCUUUUUUCCUUUGCAUACAUAGAACUACCUGAACAGAAACAUGCACAAGUAACUCCAACUCUGUACUAAAGAGUUGGGGUUUUUGAGGUUAUUUCAAAAGUAUAAAUGAGAAAAAAGGGCGCUACCUUUUUAUCAAUAUCACAAGGCUGUAUGCAUAAUUUUUUUACAAUUGCCUAAAUAAUGUAAAACCAUAAAUACAAAACAAUGCAUGCCAUACAAAAAUUAUAAAUGGUGUAAUAACAAAAGAAAAAUACUGUUAAUUGUGAAAAAUAUAAAAAAAGAGUUCUGUGCUAAAUGGUACAAUUCUUAAAACUCCAACACGGUCUGUCAGAUAUGGUGCUCCACCCAAAGUGCGAUAAUCUAUUGCACUCACCAGAAACAUUCGGCCAGCAAGUGACCAAGCAUUGAUAUGUGUAAAUCUCACCCCUCAAUCGAUAAGCCAAACUUAAUCCAUUAAUCUCCUUUCCCAAUCACAGGCUCUACAAAGACGGCUCCACCGAUGAGUCAGAAAGGGCAGAUGAUGGUGCAAUAAAGUUUUUAUUUUGGAUAAUUAAAACAAUUGUGUAUUGCACUUCCAUAUAUGCAGUCUUUGUAAGGUAUCAAUGCGUUUGCAGCAGCUUAGGGAUCUGUGAAAUCCAACCAUCCGCUCUAACAAGCAGCAUGUGUUCCAGAAAACCCAGUGGUGGUCACUUCCUGAUGCAUGAAAUGCAUAGAAGAGGGGUUUGAAAAGCACACUCUUGGGCGCUAUUGAGUUCAGCUGGGUUUUCCUGGAACGCACGCCACUUGUCAUAGAGCAGAUAAUCGGAUUUCACAGAUCCCUGAACUGCAAACGUGUGAAGUAUUAAACGUGUUAAGUAUUAUCCAAAAUAAAAACAUUAUCACACAGCCUAUCUGUGGCUCAUUGGUGGAGCUGUCUUUGUAGAGAGUGUGAUUGGGAAAGGAGAUAUUUAAGUUUAGCUUAUUGAUUGAGGGGCAAGUUUUUCACUUAUCCAUGCUUGCUGGUUACUUGCUGGCCGAAUGUUUCUGAUUAGCGCAAUGGAUCUCACUUUGGGUGGAGCACUGUUUCUUUAAAUAAUGGAGCACCAUAUUUGACACACGACCGAACUCUAUUUUUAUGGUAAUAUAAUUGUUUCUUUUGUUUUUCCAAUUAACAGUUUUAUUUUAUUACGCCAUUUAUAAUUUGUUUAUGGCAUGCAUUGUUUUAGAUUUAUGGUUUUAUAAUGUUCUAAAUUGAGCAUACAGCUUUGUGAUAUUGAUAAGGUAGCACCCUUUUUUUUUUCUCUCCCUUAAUUGCCAUUAGUGUUUCACUAAUCGGAGCAGCACCUUUUUUGUAAUUAACACUUAGAAUAAUAGUUGGUGUUUCUCUUUUUUUAUGUAUUUCAAAGGUGUAGUUAAUAGACCAGAGCUCAAGGCACUGUGCCUCCAAUUGCAAAUCGGCUAUUCUGUACAGUGAUUAAUGUCACAAUACAAUUUCAUAAAUGACUGUGGCAAAUAUCUAAACUAACAUUGCCUUGCCUUUUUAAGGUUAUAACAAAAGUAUAAUGGGAGUCCCCUUUAUAGGGUACUUUUUACAUCACCAAUUGCUUUAAUAGGCUAGCGAGUAUUAGCACUUGACUGUUUUCAAUUGGGUAAGGCAAUGUUUGAUCUGAUAAAUUCUGAUUUCAUCUGUGAUGAUAGCCCCAUAGUAUGGCUAUGUAGCUUGCAAAAAGGCAAAAUGUCCAGAAACUGGUCUUUUAGUGAAAAGUCUGUCUUAAAAAAAAAAAAAAAAAAUAGGUGUGCUAUCUGUAUGGCUUCUUCCCCACAAGUUGCUCGAAGAGGUCUAGCAAGAGCUUUUCAAUUACUACUACUAUCUGGUGCACCACCUGUUUGAAUCAGAUACUGUAGUGCACAUUAAAAAAAUAUAUAAAUAAUAACAUACAUCGCGCGAUAAAGCAACCUAUAUAUUUUUUCAUAUAAUUAAAAAAAGGGUGCUUCUCGAUCAACAGAAUCUGUCCAGAGAAAGUGUCCUCAAACGAGGCUAAUAAGAUCUUGCUGGUGAACACUAAGGCAGCACUUCAAGAGGAAAGCAACGACUCUGGAGAAACAAAGAGGAAGGCGCAUCCGGGUGCAGAACACAAGGACUUUAUUAGACAAAAGGGUUAAAAACAUUUACUAAAAAGUAGUGGUUAAAAGACUCAUGUGGUAGAAUGAAGGAGCCUAUUGGUCGCUCUGAAGAGCUUUUAGACGUCACUUCUGGGACCAUGCGUUCCAUGCUGGUUCUGAGCGCACUUCUGGUGAUGCAAUUGACGAGUCCAGCAUUCCAUGCUGGUUCACAACAGCAUGAGUUUCCUCAUUGAUCCUCUGAUGCAUACAGCUAGGACAUUCAACACUCCACUGCAGACCUGACUAUCCAGGUCCACCACCAUUGCUGGACUCCUCGACAUGGUGAGCCUUUAAACCACUACUACUUGGUGUUUUUUAACCCUUUUGGCUAAUAAAGUUCUUGUAAUCUGCACUUAAAGGCGCCUUCCUCUUUGUUUUAUAUAUGUUUUUCAUGUAGCAUGCCCAGUAAUUAAGUUAGAGGAGUUUCUUAUAUUUGUACUUCUCUGAGCAAUGCAUUUAAUCUACUCUUCUCUUCAGAAGGACAAAGCCAUCUUUCUUUACAUUGCAUCCGUAAAGUAUUCACGGCACUUUACUUUUUCCACAUUUUGUUACAGCCUUAUUCCGAAAUGAACUAAAUUCAUUAUUUUUCGCAAAAAUUCUACAAACGAUACCCCAUAAUCACAACGUGAAUGAAGUUGGUUUGACAUCUUUUCAGAUUUUAUUAAACUAAACUA